GUGAGCUGUCUCCUCUCUCUCAGAUAUGAAACAACAUAUCCGGAAGCCCCUUGUCACGCAAACAUCAUCCUUGUCGGAAAAUCAAACUUGAAAACAAAAUCAGCUGGUUCCAGGAUCGCAAAAUUUAAUUUAGUGCUGCAAUUUUCCUCUAAAAAGUGAUAUAUUUUAAUGAAAUUAAUAUGUCCCUUCCCAUACUAAAGGCCGGCAUCUCGCUCAGAAGCUUUUUCGUUUUCAAUUCCAGCUUCGGCCCGAAAGAAGGAGAGGAAGAGAAGAAAAUCCUUUUUUACCAUCCACAAGAGACGGACAUCGACUCCAAAGUAAAGGAUGUGGGAUUGUGUGAAGCGAUUAUUCAGUUUAGCAACACCUUCACCAAUGACAACAGCGUUCAUGCGAUGCACACUCAGAAAACCUGCCAAUUGUAUCACCAACCGGAGCCGGGUUAUUGGAUGACCAUGAUCUUGAACGUUCCUUUUGAACGUAAAACCCGCGAAACGGGUGAUUACAACGAAUAUCACGGUGACGAUAUUCAUGACACUAUUUACCAGGCUGUUCUAAAGCAGUCUUACCGGAUGUUCCGUUUGUUCCAUGGAUCGUUCGCAAGCAAUCUUAAACCAGACGAGGAUUUAGACGCUGUUGCCAACCUGAUUGGCAAGCUGGAAGAGUUUUACUUGAAGUACAUUCUUCAUCUUAAGCUAAAAGACUGUGACGUGCUGGACGCAUUUGGAAGUGUACAGUACUUGCCACUGAACCAACUUUUGUUUCUUAGAGUACAAAACUUUAUUAACAUGAUUGAGGCCACUUUCGAGUCAAUCAAACAUUGUGUUUUCCUGUACGACGAUUUUGUUAUCUGGAGUGGCAUCAAUCCACAUGAUUUAUAUACACUAUACGAGUACUUGAAUGGCCCAAUGUUCCAAGCAGUAACCGGACAAGAACAUUCCCGAAAGGUAUACGUUCAAGAGAACGGCCAGGACAAGACGUACAAUUUUAUGGUAUGUCGCAAAGUGCAGAACAUCACCCUUUGCCUGUUCCUUGAAAAAGUUGAAAACGAACAAGCUCUUUACCACGAACUGAACGCUGUGAUAAAUCCCCAACUGACGAGUAUCUCUUCGGAUAUAACGCAACACCUGGCGCAACAGCCAUCCCCGGAUGGUUCGAAAGAUGAUUCAGCUGCCACUCCAAAGUUUAUCUAUUUCAAUGAGCUAAAUCUCCACUACCGAGGCACGAUCAAGCUGGGGACACAAAAGCGAAACAAUCCCUCGGCAGCCAUUCCAAAUGAUGUAAUGAACUUGAUCGUGGAUCUGCUGGACGAUGCUAAGCGAAAUGGGGAUGACGACAACACGACCAAUGCGACGGAAGAAACGAUUCUGAAAACGCACGACGACUAUUGGAUCGUGAAGAGAAGUUGCAACUCGCGGCAUGUGUUCAUCGUGCUGAACAAGAGCUCGACUCUGAUCGACGUUAGCGAAGAAACCAAACGCAUCUUGGAUCAGAACAUGAAAGGGAUUUUUUUCUGCAAUGGCGACAGUGGUAAGUAACUGAGCGUAAUGUUGGCCUAAGUGUUUCGAGGUUAUUUUGAAAAUAUUUAUCGUGAUGUUAACAAUAUUAUAAUGUAUUUUGCAGUUCACAUAUGAAGCAACUAAACGUA